UUGUCAAACCGUGAAAUAAAUUAUUUCGGAAACGGAUGAUGCGUUGUAGACAUCUAAAUUGCGAGAGUCUAUUCAUAAAUACAUCUCAUGACUUGAAGUGCAGCUUUUGAACUUUAAUCAGCACAGAGUGACGGGAGAAUGCUGACCAUUCAAUGAUUACGCCAGCAGUUUUUGCUUGGAGCAACACCUUUCUUGACAUCUCUUCCCAAAGGGAACCAAGUCACAAUGAAUUCCCUCUUUGUACGCGAUAUUUCAAGAGGAUUAAGCCCUGUUCUUUUUUUGUGCAGACAUUUUACUGUGGGAGGACAGGUGUUUUCAAAGACUACACCACCAUGGCAGAUGAACAGUCACACCUUCUCAACAUCCAUAGGAAAUCAAGUUGAAUUUGGACUUCCAAAGCUUACACCUCAUCAUGUGACUACUGUUCUGUCCAUGUUAGAGUCAUCGUCUGAAGUCCGGCAACAAUCAGUGAAAUAUUUUGAGACGAAUAUGCUUGCUUCAAAUAGCCCAACCGAGGAUCGACGUGCACAGGCCAGAUGUUUGCGUACAUCAGGGCAUCUUUUCGGUGUGUUUGAUGGUCAUGGAGGCUGUGCCUGCUCUCAAGCAGUUAGUGAACGCUUAUUCAACUACAUCGCAGUAGCACUUUUAAAUCAAAACGAGCUUGCUCGCUACCAUGAAAGGAUACGUGAUGGAAAGGAACUAGACCUCUUGUCUUUGUAUAGUACCUCUAACGAUUAUCAGAAUGAAAGCCUGAGUGGUCUCUAUCGGGGAAGCUUACAUAAGUUUGUGACUGAAUCAUUGUCCCUGUCCAACUUGGAUGACGAAUUUUCUAUGGACCGCACCCUUGAGGAAGCGUUUGUUCGUCUUGAUGAGGAUAUCUCAUCAGAAGCACUGCCUGGUGGAACUGGUUCUCCAUUAAGUAUAGAAUCGCUAGAGGUGGCAUUCUCUGGUAGCGUUGCUUGCGUUGCACAUGUGGAUGGCCCCCAUCUACACAUGGCUAAUGUAGGUGAUAGCAAAGCAGUCCUCGGGUCUUUAAAUGAAGAUACUGGGAGUUGGUCAGCUAAGGAAUUGACCUAUGAACACAAUACAAACAAUGUAGAAGAAGUGAAACGAAUACGAGAUGGACAUCCUAGGAAUGAAACAAGUUUUGUUCUAAAAAAUGAACGUCUGCUGGGUCAGCUCGCCCCACUCCGAGCGUUUGGUGACGUGCGCUAUAAAUGGAAGCUGAGUGACUUAAAACGUGUAAUCAAAGCUAUCGAUACACCCUUUGCACGCGAGUUAGUCCCACCUAAUUACUACACACCACCAUAUUUGAUCGCCAAGCCAGAAGUAACGUAUCAUCGUUUAACUCCCCGUGAUAAGUUCAUGGUCCUCGGCAGUGAUGGGUUGUGGGAUAUGCUCACUCCAGAAAAAGUUGUAAAAUUAGUUGGUGAACAUAUGGCUGGUAAACAAACCAUUGAUUCAUUCAAACUGCCGCGGAAGGCUCUCUCACUCGGUCAGAUCAAUCACCAUCUCAUCAAACGUAAAGAAGGUCUAGCAAAGAAACCAGUCGAUGCCAAUGUGGCAACUCAUCUGAUCAGGAAUGCAUUAGGAGGGACAGUCGAUGGCAUUGAGCAUGGUAAACUAUCAGCAAUGUUAACUUUUCCAGAAGAUAUAGUGCGGUACUAUCGAGAUGACAUAACUGUUACUGUUGUAUUCUUUGAUAGCAGUUACCUUAGGACUUGCCCUGCAUAAUCUCUUGUAAGCUUGUAAGCCUUGUUAUCUUAGGACUUACUCUUCGUAAUAUCUUGAGAAGUUUGAAAUUGGCAAGCCUCUUUAGGACUUGCCCUGCGUAAUCUCGGGAGACCAGAUUGAAAGCUUGUCUUAGGAUUUCAAGAAACCAGAUUGAAAACUUGCAAGCCUGUUACCUUAGGACCCGAUUGAAAGUUGCUGGGUUUAGCCAACUGUGUAAAAGCUUGUUUAUCACCAAAUGUACAUUGCAUUUACAAUGUAUCUUGUCAUAUUUUCUGGGUAGUGAGAUUGAAUAGAAUGGUUUUAAUCAGAAUUUAAUUGAUCUUGUUCCAAUCGUUUUUUCCUAACUGCAACAGUACUCAUUGUGCUAGAUAUAAUAUUUCAUCUGUGUAAGAUUUUGUACAUUUCAUUACCUCUCUUGAUAGGCCUACAUGAACAUGUGCACACAUAUUUGUGUGAAUGUUGAAGCAUGUAAACGACCCUAGUUUGCAAGACUGAUAUGAUAGUCCUCUACGUAAAAAAAGUUGGGCAAGUUAACCAAGUUAAUUGCACCUUUCAAUUCACUUCAGCUCAUACUCAUAAUUGACCUGACCAUAUCAUUAUCAUAACACUUGCAAGAUGCCUACCCAUUUACAUAAUGGAGGCAUUGCUCAUGAUUUUUGUGAUAUUAGAAAUAGAAUCAAUCAACAUUUUACUGUGAUCUCAUAGUUAUAAAACAGUAUAAGCGUCCCAAAGUCUCCGUAUCAGCUGUUAAGAGGUUUGCGUCAAGAAACUGGCUAAGAAUCUUUUACAUUGUGUCAUGCACAUGUGGCAACCCAUCACAUCUGUCGUGCUUUGAUUAGGUUAUGUUGAUAUCAACAGCCAUCUGACACUCUCUUCCUCAUGAACUUUAACACAUUUUGAUUUGAUAGUAUGAUAUUAAGUUAUCAAGAUGCAAAACUUGUCUAGAGCAUCUGUCGAGCUGUUCACAGUUCUUGGGUGUAUGAAUAGGGAUUUCUAGCAGUUGGUUGGCUUUUACCCGUUUUAUCUUGUAUGUAUUAGGUGUAGAUGUCAACCAGCAUUGGCUUGUUUCAGACCACAGACCAUUUUUUGGAUUGGACAUUUGUAAAGGAAAUUUGUUAGUAAAUUUAAUGAAGUUCUGCUGCUAUUUGAGAAAAUAUUGUGUUCAGAUCCCUCUUGUGCUAUUUUCGUUGAGGGAUUGCUGGUUUAUCAUUUGACCGAGUGUGGAGGAAAACUCCAUGGCUUAGAAAACUUGUGUAAGCAUUUUGACAUAGCCUAGAUCAUGAUUAAAAAUUAUGAUAAUAAAGUAAUAGUAUUAAAUUCA